AUGAGGAUGUUCAGAAUUGCCCUGUUUUUCUCAUGUAUGGCAUAUACUUUUGCGAUUGAAAAUUUAGCUUUAAAUAAACCAGCAUGGCAGGCGCACAACUGGUCCGGUAAGGAAACAGAAUGGGGAGCAUGGAAGGCAGUGGAUGGACAAUAUUCUAACCGUGCUGCAGGUGGAAACCAGUGUACGAUAUCAGCAGAUGGACAACAGAUAGCCGAAUGGAGGGUAGAUCUUGGGAGAAUUGUCAGCAUUAGUUAUAUCGACAUCUGUUACAGGACUGAUAAUGUUCGUAGUCCCGGUGCGUUUUAUGAUCGUUUUGCCGGCUUUUACCUCUACGUCUCCAAUACUACAUCGAAGGAGAACGGAAAGAGAUGUUUCCACGAAUUGCAAAAUGUGAACGGUACGCCAUCGGAAGACCAGAGAAUCAAUUGUUCUGUGUAUGGAAGAUUUGUCAUUUACUUCAACCAGCGAAUCCAAGGCUUUCACUAUCCUUCCUACUAUUCUCAGUAUGCAUACAAUGAAUUGUGCGAAGUGAAAGUAUUUGGCUGCCCUGUUACUGGAUAUUAUGGAGAGAAUUGUACCAAAACCUGUCCACGGAACUGUCAGGGACAGCAGUGUGACGCCAAUACUGGAAAUUGUCUGAAUGGUUGUAUAGAAGGAUUUAAAGGCCCACACUGUAGUUAUUUUAAUCUUGCACUACGGAAACCAGCCUGGCAAGAAAACGAUUAUCCCCAUCAUUCUUUAGUAUGGGGAGCAGCAAAGGCUGUAGAUGGGAAAUAUACCGACCGCUCAGCAUUGGGAUACCAGUGCACAAUAUCAGCAGAUGGAAAACGAACAGCAACAUGGAGAGUGGAUCUGCAGGGUUUGUUUAGUAUCAGUCAUAUCCACAUCUACUACAGAACUGGGAAUAGUCCUAGCCCUGGUGCAUUCUAUCAGCGUUUUGCCGGGUUUUUCGUCUACAUUUCAAACGAUACCUCGAAGGACAACGGUGUUCUAUGUUUUCAUGAAAAACAAAAUAUCAGUGGUUCACCCAUAGAGAAUCAGACCUUGAGCUGUCCAUUUGACGGACGUUAUGUGAUAUACUACAACGAGAGGAGAGCGGGCGUACACUAUCCAGAAUAUUACUCCACAUUUGCUUCGAAUGACUUAUGUGAAUUUGAAGUUUAUGGAUGUCCUAAUUCUACACACUACGGAAAGUAUUGUGACCAAAUGUGUUCGGACAGUUGUCUUGGACAGAGGUGUAAUUUCUUAACAGGGAACUGUCUCAUGGGAUGUUCAAGGGGACAUAAGGGACCUCAAUGUAGACAAAAAUGUGACGGUGGAAUGUUUGGAGGAUCCUGCAGUCAGAAAUGUGGUCAUUGUUAUGGUAAAACACAGUGUCAUCAUAUCAACGGUUCAUGUCUAGGAGGGUGUUCUGCCGGAUAUAUUGGAUCUCUUUGCAACAAACAAUGUGUGGUUGGGACAUACGGAUUGAAAUGUAACAAAACUUGUGGACUCUGUUCUGAUGGAUCAAAAUGUCACCAUGUGAAUGGUUCAUGCGUAAAUGGAUGUUCUUCAGGAUAUAAAAUUCCUCUCUGUAUCACAGAAUGUGACCAUGGAUUUUUUGGCGACGCCUGUAGGGAGGCUUGCGGUCAUUGUUUUAGUAACGCACCGUGUCAUCAUAUCAGUGGUUCCUGUUUACAUGGAUGUUCUGCCGGAUACCAGGGUCCUCUUUGUAAGAAAAAAUGUGACGGAGGAAAGUAUGGAUUGAAGUGUAACAAAACUUGUGGACCCUGUUCUGAUGGAUCACAAUGUCACCAUGUUAACGGAUCAUGUUUGAAUGGAUGUUCUCCGGGAUAUAAAAGUCCCCUCUGUAUCAUAGAAUGUGACAAUGGAUUUUUUGGCGACGCCUGUAGGCAGACUUGCGGCCAGUGUCUUGGGAACCCACCGUGUCAUCAUAUCAAUGGUUCCUGUCCACAAGGAUGUUCUGCCGGAUACCAGGGUCCUCUUUGUAAGAAAAAAUGUUACAAUGGAACAUUUGGACCUCGGUGUAAAUCACACUGUGGAAACUGUACAGAUAUGGAGGAUUGUGAUCACGUGACCGGAUAUUGUAAAGGAGGUUGUAAAGAUGGAUCAAAGGGAAAUAAAUGUGACACAGAAUGUGACGGUGGUUUAAACUGCUCCAAGACAUGUGGUCACUGUCGUGACGACUCACAAUGUAAUCAUAUCAAUGGAACUUGCUUUACAGGAUGUUCACCCGGAUACAAGGGAUCGUUCUGCAUCAGUGAAUGUAAUGGUGGAAUGUAUGGUGUAAACUGCAGUCAGACCUGUGGAAACUGUCUUAAUGAUUCACAGUGUCACCAUGUUAAUGGUACCUGUUUACAAGGGUGUUCAACUGGAUACAAAGGAUUGCUUUGUACACAGCGCACUGAGCCACUAAGGAGGCAAAGAAAACCUGAGGCAGUCCCUUCCAUUUUCCCCUGGACCAAGUCACCAUCUAUUAAUUUUGAUGAGAGGAGCAAAAGAGUAGUGGCCCGCCGUGCCAAAAUGGAGAAAGAUUCAUCAAGUCAAACAGCAAAAUUGCCAAUCAUGUGUAUUGAAAAUUUCAUGUAUGAUGAUGAAGGCAUCAUGUUUUAUACAGGGUUGAGUUCCUACACAGACUUUUUACAUGUACUUAAAUUCCCCUCUACACGAGUACUACUUGAUGGAACAGAAAUUCCUGUAAAGAAACCUAAACCCCCCAUUGCCCUGCAAGCAACCUUCUCUACGUAUAAAAAUAGAAACACUGUCAAAGUACUCGUAGGCUCAUCUCCAGGGGGUUUAAUUUCAUAUGUGUCUCCUGCUUAUGGAGGGUCUGCUAGUGACAGACAGCUUGUUGAACGGAGUCCUUUGUUAAGUGCUGACUUAUUUGAACCUGGUGAUUCUCUUAUGGCAGACAAGGGAUUCAAUGUACAAGAUCUAUUUGCUCCCAAAGACAGCCUUUGGCUUCGCCUUAUACAGAUUGACAAUGACAUGCGUGAAAAUCUGACUCAGAAAUGUGACGAUGGCAGAUAUGGUUUUAACUGUGCCAAGAGUUGUGGUUACUGUCGUGACGACUCACAAUGUAAUCAUAUCAAUGGAACCUGCUUCAAAGGAUGUUCUAACGGAUACAAGGGAUCGCUCUGCAUCAGUGAAUGUAGUGGUGGAAUGUAUGGUGUAAACUGCAGUCAAACUUGUGGAAACUGUCUUAAUGAUACACAGUGUCACCACGUUAAUGGUACCUGUUUACAAGGGUGUUCAACUGGAUACAAAGGAUUGCUUUGUGAUAAGCAAUGUGACGGUGGGAUGUACGGUGUCAACUGCAGUAAGAGUUGUGGUCAUUGUUUGAAUGGUGCACAGUGUCACCAUAUCAACGGAACAUGCGUAGAUGGUUGUUCUACAGGAUACAAAGGAUAUCUAUGCUUACAGAAAUGUGAAGAAGUAAAAUAUGGUUUGAACUGCAGUAACAGCUGUGGUAAUUGUCAUGAUGAUACACCGUGCCACCAUGUAAACGGUACUUGCUUACAAGGAUGUUCAAGUGGAUACCACGGGAUGUUAUGUACUCAAAUUUGUCCUCGGUCGUAUUGGGGUGUAAAUUGUAACCAGACCUGUAACACAGACUGUGUUAGUCAAACUUGUAAUCAUGAAUCAGGAGUUUGUUUGACAUCAUUUCAGAUGAGGCCUGACACGCAUGCCAUCGAUCGCACAACUAUCAUAAUAUGUGUUGUAGUCUCUAUUUUCAUUGUAUUCAUCGGAAGUGUCUUGAACUUUCUAAUCUGGAGGCGAAAUCGGAGUGAGUAUAUUUUGUAUCUGUGA